UCAGGGAUGAGAAACCAUUCUGGGAUAACAUUAUUCAUCCUGCGAGGACUGACAGAUGACCCUCAUCUUCAGGUUCUUCUUUUUAUCUUUCUGUUUAUCACCUACCUUUUGAGUAUAAUUGGAAACCUAACCAUCAUCACUCUCACCUUAGUGGAUCCCCGUCUUAAAACUCCCAUGUAUUUUUUUCUCCGUAAUUUCUCCUUCUUAGAAGUCUCAUUCACAACUGUCUGUAUCCCCAGAUUCCUCUACAGUAUGUCAACUGGGGACAAUACCGUGACUUAUAAUGCUUGUGCCACCCAGUUAUUUUUUGUCAUUCUCCUUGGGGCGUCAGAGUUUUUUCUUCUCACUGCCAUGUCCUAUGACCGGUAUGUGGCCAUUUGCAAACCAUUGCAUUAUACAACUAUCAUGAAUAAUAGAGUCUGUAUUCAGCUUGUUGUUUGCUGCUGGUUGGCUGGGUUGAUGCUGGUCCUCCCACCACUUAGCAUGGGUUUUGAGCUGGAAUUCUGUGACUCCAAUGUCAUUGAUCAUUUUGGCUGUGAUGCAUCUCCCAUCCUACAGAUCACAUGCUCAGACACACAAUUACUAGAACGAAUUGUUUUGAUCUUUGCUGUAUUGACACUCAUGAUCACCUUAGUGUGUGUGAUUCUGUCAUACACAUAUAUUGUCAGAACAAUCUUGAGGUUCCCCUCUGCCCAGCAAAGGAAAAAGGCCUUUUCCACUUGUUCCUCCCAUAUGAUUGUCGUCUCUAUCACCUAUGGCAGCUGCAUCUUCAUCUAUAUCAAACCAUCUGCAAAGGAAGGGGUGGCUAUAAAUAAGGUGGUUUCAGUGCUCACAACCUCAGUUGCCCCAGUGAUGAACCCUUUCAUUUAUACCUUGAGGAACAAACAAGUGGUUGAAGCCUUUAAGGACUCUCUCAAAAAGAUUGCCCUUCUCUCUAAGAAGUAA